CUGCCAAGAUCCACAAGCCGGUUGUGGGAACCCAGGCCAACUGGUGCUCUGUAAUGUAAACCAGCUGCCAGCGACACACAGGCCCCAUUUGCAUUUCUACGCGUGCUUCAAAAGCAAAGUGUUCAUUUUUAGCAUUCUUUGCUCAAUUGGCUUAACGCUGGAUUAGAAGACUCGAACGGAGCCAGGUGCCGCUCACUUCGAGAUCAGGGUCCUGGAGAUCUGGGGGACAGAAACCGGGAAGGGGUGGAGGAAGUCCAUCUGCUUUUCUCGAGUUCAAAUCCCGUCGCUCCGCUGAGCUGACAGGGGCUCGUUAACAGAGAGAGAGAGAGAGAAAAGGGAAACACAAACUGUUUGUCCAAGCAACGUCAGUUCUUUGGAUUUCGAUCUACUUUUCAGGAAUAUUCAACAGUUGCAACAGAAGAUCAGGAUGCUGGCGGCAUUAGCACUGGCAGUGGUGUGGAUCAGAGCCGGGUUGGCACAGGAGGUGGAUUCUGCAGUGUCAAUUACGUGCUCCGAUGGCUAUCGUCUAGACCGUUUGUCGGGACAAUGCAGAGAUAUCAAUGAGUGCCGAACUAUCCGAGAUGCCUGCAAAGGGGACAUGAGGUGCAUUAACCACAAUGGCGGAUACCUGUGCUUGCCAAGGACUGCGUCACUCCUAGUACCAAAUGGACCAUCCAACCCAACCUACCCAGUGUCUUCCCAAUCGGGAUAUUCGGAGAUGGCAAGUCCCUCUGUCUACCAGCCGGCCUCCAUUCCCAGAUAUCCUAUUCCAUCGAGAUCCCUGAUCUGCCGUUUUGGUUACACUGUGGAUAGCAACAACAAUUGUGCAGAUGUUGAUGAAUGCACGGCAGGAACGCACCAAUGCAACCCGUCGCAGAUCUGCAUCAACACGGAGGGAGGCUACAGCUGUUCCUGCACGGAUGGCUACUGGUUGACAGAUGGGCAGUGCAUGGACAUCGAUGAGUGUCGCCAUGGAUACUGCCAGCAACUGUGCGCCAACAUUGCUGGCUCCUAUUCCUGCCAGUGCAAUUCCGGGUUCCUCCUGAAUGCCGAUGGGAGGUCGUGCCAAGAUGUGGACGAGUGCUCUGGAGAGAAUCCUUGUGGUCAACAAUGCAUCAACACCUAUGGCUCUUUCCUUUGUCGCUGUGACACUGGGUACGAAUUAAACUCAGAGGGAAUGGGCUGCUCUGAUAUCAAUGAAUGCAGCUUCUCUGAGUUUCUCUGCCAACACCAAUGCGUGAAUGAGCCGGGCGAUUACUACUGCAUCUGUCCAGAGGGCUACACCAUGUACAGUGACAACAGGAGCUGUCAAGAUAUCGAUGAGUGCGAAAUGGGUAACAACACAUGUACGGAAGAACAGAUCUGCAUCAAUAUCCCAGGGACGUACAAAUGUCUGGACCCGGUGCAAUGCCAGGAUCCUUACAUACAACUGAAUGAAAAUCGCUGCAUGUGCCAUGCAGAUAAUCCUGGUUGUUCAGAUCAGCCGUUCACCAUCCUUUACAAAUACAUGGAUAUUGUGUCAAGCAGGAGUGUACCCUCAGACAUCUUCCAGAUGCAGGCCACUGCUCGUUACCCUGGAGCCUACUACAUCUUCCAGAUCAAGUCUGGGAAUGAAGGCAGAGAGUUCUACAUGAGGCAAACCGGGCCAGUCAGCGCCACUGUGGUGAUGACCCGUCCAAUUCAAGGACCUCGAGACGUCGUGUUGGAUCUGGAAAUGGUCACCGUCAACACCGUCAUCAACUUUCGAGGAGGCUCGGUGAUCAGACUAUCUAUCUAUAUAUCUGAGUACACGUUUUAAAGCCCUGAGGUUUCCCAGGGCCAAGUGGCUCUCCAAAUGAUGUCCGUUUUAAGGAGUGAAUGUUUCUCUGAUGUUGCUAAGGCAGAAAGGUGCUUUCGAUAAUAUAUUGCAACUGUGUAGAUUCUUAAUUCUGUCUGCUUUUUUUUUCCAGCUGG